AUGGUGGAUGGUGUUCAGAUGGUUCACUAUGACAGCAACAGCCAGAGAGCGGUGCCCAAACAGGACUGGAUGAACAAGCAGACAGACACACAGUACUGGGAUAAGCAGACAUGGAUUUUAUUGGUUUCCCAACAGACUUUCAAAGCCGGCGUCGAUGUUCUAAAGCAGCGUUUUAACCAAAGUGAAGGUAAGUCCUUCAUCUUAACCUCAUCUGAUCAGUUGUGUUUGUGUAAACUGUCAAGAAUGACAAGAAUGAAUCAGGAUUAGAGAAUUGAUUGAAUUGACUAAGGUUACAGAUCUCGAAUAUCAGAGAUGUACAGAUCUGCCCCUCCCUUCCUGUUUCUGUUUCCUUCACACACAUCAUCAUUAGCUGAUUUCCGCACUAGAAAGCAUCUAGCAUGGUCUCCUUUGGUUCUCUGCUUAUGUUUACUGUAUGUAUGGUCCCAAUUAUUGCUCCUGGACACCAGCACGGCAUUUUAAAACAAAUUGUGGACUGUUUUAAGUGUGCGAAGGACAGAUGACUAUGACCAUACCACUACUGUAAAUGGCAUCAAACUAUAAGCAUCUUUAUGCAUGUAUGGCAUUGGUAAGGUCACUCUCCAAUUACCUGAAUGGCAGGCUGGUGAAUGUCAGAUCUCUCUCUGAUCUCUGCUUGAGAGACGUGUGCAAGUUUAAUUUGUCAGUCAAUACCUCAGUCAGACCCUCUAGUCUGCUCUGUGGGGCUUUCAUGCUGUGUGUGUGUGUGUGUUAUCUAUACUGUCCAGCUGUGUGCUCCUCCUCUGUCCCCCACAGUAGAGCUGUAGUCUCCUCAGACUCUCUGGGUGUCUCUCUGAUCUGAUUGGACAGUAGAGAGAAGUAGAGCAGCAGAACAUGAUGAUGAUGAUGAUGGUGGUGAUGAUGAUGGUAGUGAUGUUGAUGAUGAUAGUGAGGAUGAUGUGUCUUUGGUCUUCUCUGCUCUAAUGGACCAAAGCUCCCAAUGACUCCCUGUGGGCUCUGCUGCUGGAGCUGAUCAGGAAUCUCAGGGGAACUCUCUACACACUCACACACACUCACCUGUCACCCUCAGGAUCUGGGGAUCACACACACAGCUCCAGUAGUCUCACAUUAUUGAGAGAUAAUCUUCCUCAUGUUAGUCUCUCCAUCUCUCUCUCCUGUUGUUCCUGACUGGACAGUGGAUCCUCUCUCACUUCCUCUAUUUAUCUCUGACAUCAUCACUAGAGGACAGUCUUCACUUAUCAACAGUGUUUUAUUCAUUUACACACCUCACUGAAAACUACAGUCCUACACAACAUCCAUUUGUUAGAAUAACACUACUGUACUGAACACAAUGUGUAUCUUCAACACAGUAGAUAGAACCAAGCCAACAUCAGCUGGUGUAGAAUAGAUCCACACUCUCUGAGUUUCCUCAUUAACUCUCUCUGUCUCUGUGGUGAAGGUGUGACAUCAUCACCACACUGUAGAGGUCUGAGCUGGAUCUCUCUGUUUUAUUCCAGUCUGGUUGAACAACUAAUACAUGAUGAUAGAGAUCCCACUGGCAGUCGGAAUCUGGAGAACAGAAUGAUUAACUGUGUUGAUCAUAUCUCUCUUUCUUUCCUUCUCUCUCAGGUGUGCACACAUGUAUGAGGAUGGUUGGCUGUGAGUGGGAUGAGGACACUGGAGUCACAGAGGGGUUUGAUCAGUAUGGAUAUGAUGGGGAGGAUUUCGUAGCAUUUGACCUGAAGACCAAGACAUGGAUCGCCCCAACACCACAGGCAGUCAUCAGCAAACACAAGUGGGACAGAAACAUAGCUAACAAUGAGCAGCAGAAACACUACCUCACCCAGACCUGCAUUGACUGGCUGAAGAAGUAUGUGGACUAUGGGAAGAGCAUUCUGAUGAGGACAGGUAAACAUUCAGAAAUGUCCAUUUUUUAUUUUGUCCUUAGAUUUCAAAUGUUGCAUAAAUAAAUACAUAUUUUGAUUUGUGAAUUAAGUCCAGUACUACACAAUUAUAGAUGUGUCACUUAGGAACAUUGAGGGGUUUUGGAACAACAGUGAAAUAUAUCUCGUUAGUUAUCCAGAAUGCACCAUAUUUGUGUGACAUUCAUCUAUACCACCGAAAUCCUUUAUCUUUACUGAUUCUGUAUUAUCUACAGAAAUCCACCAUAAUUGAUGGCAUACUUUGGAGAAAUUUAGAUGUUUUUAGUUUGCUCUCAUUUCAACCCCACUGAAAUGUCUGAACUCUCUCUCUCUCUCCAGUCCCUCCCUCAGUGUCUCUGCUCCAGAAGACCCCCUCCUCUCCAGUGACCUGCCACGCUACAGGUUUCUACCCCAGUGGAGUCAUGGUGUUCUGGCAAAAAGACGGACAAGAACAGCAUGAAGAUGUGGAGCAUGGAGAGACUCUCCCUAAUCUAGAUGGAACCUUCCAGAAAAGCGUCCACCUCACAGUGACGUCUGAGGAGAGGAAGAACAACAACUAUCAGUGUGUGGUUCAGGUCGCUGGUAUCAAGGAGCACUUCAUCAAGGUUCUGACUGAGUCUGAGAUCCAGACCAACUGGGGUAAGAGGGAGAGAAGAAAAUAUACACUAUACCCAACCCUCCUACUGAAUGUGCCCAAUAUUUCUAAUUUCUAAAUUCACUCAUCUGCACAUUUUUUACAUUUACAUUUUAGUCAUUUAGCAGACGCUCUUAUCCAGAGCGACUUACAGUUAGUGAAUGCAUACCAUUUUUUUAUUUUUUUUCAUACUGGCCCCCCGUGGGAAACGAACCCAUAUCCCUGCCGGCCAAACCCUCCCCUACCUUGGACGACGCUGGACCAAUUGUGCACCGCCCAUGGGUCUCCCGGUCGCGGCCGGCUGCGACAGAGCCUGGACUCGAACCAGGAUCUCUAGUGGCACAGCUAGCACUAGGGAGUGCACAGUAGCACUACCUUUCUGACUGCAUGUUCUCAUUGACCUCCUGCUUGUUUUUAUUCAACAUGAACAGGGAUGCUGCUUGGAGUUCAUUUGAGAUGGAAAUGUAUCAUCUAGCACCAUAGUCUGAAUGCUCUGUUCUGAUGAUUACAGAUGAACCAGCCACCAACAUUGACCUCAUCAUUGGAGGGGUGGUAUCUCUCCUGUUCAUCGUUGCUGUUGUUGGGGUCGUCAUUUGGAAGAAGAAGAGUUAG